AUGCUGACAAUCUCUUCUUCUUCGUUGACACCAACAUUCCGUCGACCUGUUCUGCUUCGUCGUCAUCAUUCCGCAUCAUCAGAUCUCUAUCGUCCUCGGACUAUCCUCAUCGAAAAAGCACCGAAUACAACGUCAUAUGGGUUUUCAAUUCAAACCUACGGUUUUGCUUCAUUGAAUCCUCUCUCGACCGAUGAAUCAGCCUGUUCACUUCUCUCCCUAUCGUCAGAAAGUACACGAAGUCGUCAGUCAUCAGCGUCGAACUCAUUCUGCCUAUCAUCAUCUCAAAUCGCACCAAUACAAUUAGUUACAUACGUUGAUCAAGUUCAAGAACAAAGUCCAGCAUGGCACGCUGGCCUACGUCCUGGUUCAGUUAUACUAUCUGUCAAUGAUGAAUCGGUUGAACAUGAUGAUCACGAGGCAUUAGUAAAGCGUAUCACACAAGCAUCAUCAUCGUUGAAACUAGUUGUUAUUCAACAAAAUAUCAAUAAACAAAUAACAUUAUGUGAGCAAUUGCAAACAUUACAUAAGCAAUUGCAAGAAAAAGAAGAAGAAUUGAAAGAAUUAUGCACACAGGAGAUGACAGACACGGAAAAUACUUCAUUAGGAGAAAUCAAGUCUCCAUCACCUCGUCUUCAACAUCUAUCAACUGAAGCAGAAUGUUCAUCAACAUUUUGCAAUGACAAAAUUCCAUUAGAUUGGCGUCAGAGUGUGACAACAUUUGCUCAUCAACAGAAAUUCGUCCUACGGACGUUACCUUCUAAACUAACACCAACAGCAUCGAAUCUCUCAGCAAAAUAUGUUAAAAAACGUCAAUCAAACCCUUCGUAUAAGCAUCAGCGUAGUCUCUCGUCCUCCUCAAUUGUUUUCCAGUGUUCUAAGCCCUCACUCUUUCGACAUCACACUUCUCUGAAACAUUCACGUCGCGCGAAUCAUCGCCGAGCACAUUCCCAUGAAGGUCUAUUCACUCAAGACCAAACAAUAGAUCUUUCUGUUCAUCCAAAAGAUGAUAGUAUGGUUAAAUCGGGCUGUUCUUUAGCCAUGGAUCUAUCCAAAAGUUUUGACAAACACAAUCAUGCAUUAUCGUCAUCAUCAUCAUCGUCAUCAACAGUAAACUCCGAUGAAGAUAAAUCUCCAGAGAAGAUCGAUAACUCAAUCAAACAAUUCAAAUGGAAAUUAAAAAUAAACAAAUAG